UUAUUUUGAACUUUUAAAUUUUUGUUUUUGGGAAAGCGAAGCACCUUCUGACUCAAACAAGCAAGCAACCUUGCCUGUGAGCUUGUUUAGAACUUAAACGGAAAUGCUACUUUCAGCCUUAUUAACAUCAGUUGGGAUCAAUUUGGGCCUCUGUUUCUUAUUUUUCACUCUCUAUUCUAUACUGAGAAAACAACCGGGAAAUAUUUUCGUCUAUGCUCCUCGUUUGAUCGAUAAGCAGAAAUCUGAGCAACAGACAGAUGAUUUAUUCAAUUUAGAAAGGUUAUUGCCUUCUGCUAGUUGGGUUAGAAACGCAUGGCAACUCACUGAAGAAGAGCUACUGUCAAUUUCUGGUUUGGACGCUUUAGUCUUCAUACGCAUUUUCAUUUUUAGCUUGAAAGUGUUUGCGUUUGGUGGGAUUAUUGGGAUUUGUGUUCUUCUUCCUGUUAAUUAUCUUGGGAGUCAGUUAAGCAUUGAUGAUUUUUAUGAUUUGCCAAACAAGUCUUUGGACUCUUUCAGCAUAUCCAAUGUUAAUAGCGGUUCUAAGUGGUUAUGGAUUCACUUUUGUGCUGCAUAUAUUUUUACAGGCGUUGUCUGCUAUCUACUUUAUAGUGAGUACAGCUAUAUUUCAUCAAAAAGGAUUUCUUGCUUCUAUUCGUCCAAACCUCAGCCACAUCAGUUUACCAUAUUAGUCCGUGGUAUCCCUAAAUUGUCCGGCAGAAGCUUUAGUGAAGUUGUUGAGACCUUUUUCACAGAGAAUCAUCCUUCUACUUAUCUUUCAAAUUCAGUGAUUCAUCAAACAAGCAAAAUUCAAGGUCUCAUUAACGAUACAGAAAAGUUGUAUAGAAGGCUUGCACGCAUUAAAUCAGAAAAUCGUCCUCAGCCAAAAAUUAGACGUGAAGGCUUUUUGGGACUCUUUGGACGUAAAGUUAAUCUCUUUGACCAUUAUGAAAAGAAGCUGGAAGAUUUGGAAGAUAAUGUGAGGAUGGAGCAACAUUCAUUGAGUGGAGAGGAAGUCCCAGCUGCUUUUGUUUCAUUCAAGUCUCGUUUUGGUGCUGCAGUAGCUUUACACAUUCAACAGGGUGUCAAUCCAACAGAGUGGGUUACUGAGCGAGCUCCUGAGCCUCAAGAUGUGCACUGGCCUUUCUUUUCUGCAUCAUUCAUAAGAAGGUGGAUAUAUAUGCUGGUUGCAAUUGCUGCCUUUAUUGCUGUUACAAUUGUCUUCUUUAUUCCAGUUGUAAUAGCACAAGGUCUUGCCAAUCUGGAGCAGUUGGAGACCUGGUUUCCUUUUCUGAAAGGCAUACUUAGUCUAACUGUUGUCAGUCAACUGAUUACAGGAUAUCUGCCUAGUCUCAUUCUUAAGUUGUUCCUACUUCUCAUGCCACCAGUGAUGAUAUUGCUAUCCUCCAUGCAAGGAUACAUUUCUCAUAGUCAAAUAGAAAAAAGUGCUUGUAUCAAGAUGUUAUUCUUCACUAUAUGGAACAUUUUCUUUGCAACUGUACUAUCAGGAUCUGCUCUCUACCAAGUCAAUGUCUUCCUUGAGCCCAAGAAGAUUCCCAGUGUACUAGCUGAAGCUGUUCCAUCUCAGGCGUCAUUCUUCAUUUCAUAUGUUGUCACAUCUGGAUGGACAAGCCUAUCAUCAGAACUCUUUCGGUUGAUUCCUCUGGUUUGCAGUUAUAUUAGAAGACUCUGCUGCGCCAGAAGAGACGAUGAUGAAUUUGAGGUCCCAGAACUUCAAUACUAUACUGAAAUUCCCAGUAUUCUCUUCUUUGGACUUCUUGGUGUAACAUAUUUUUUCCUUGCUCCACUGAUUUUGCCAUUUCUUCUGAUUUAUUUUUGCCUGGGAUACAUCAUCUUCCGCAACCAGCUGUUGAAUGUAUAUGCACCCAAGUAUGAAACUAGUGGAAAGUAUUGGCCUAUAGUACACAAUUCGACAAUUUUUUCCUUGAUACUGAUGCAUGUUAUUGCAAUUGGCCUAUUUGGGAUUAAGGAUCUUCCUCUGGCUUCCAGUUUAACUAUUCCUCUUCCAGUUCUUACACUUAUUUUCAAUGAGUACUGCCGGAAACGGUUCCGACCCAUAUUCAACGGUUAUCCUUCUGAGUGUUUAGUAAAGAGAGACAAAGAAGACCAGAAUGAACCAAAUAUGGCAGAAUUCUAUGAUAAAUUGGUUACAGCUUAUCGAGACCCAGCUUUGGCUCCAGUUCAACUUGGCAGGAAUGUUGACAGCCACAGCGCCCCCCUUCUUCAUGAACAAGUUUGAAAGUAUUUGACUACUGUUUUCUUAUGGUUUGUUUUCCUUUUUUUCUUUUUUCGUUUGCGUUUGGUUUGUUUAGAGGGAAUCGUCGUUUCCCAAUUUGCAUAAUGUUGUGUUUGAUAUUUAACAAUCUAUGUAUAAAGUAAGACGAUGUGUCGUUUAAGUACGUGCAUUGGAAGAGAAAGAGAUGGAGAUACGAGCCUUUGAAUA